AUGGCGCUGAAAGCAACUGUUUCAAGAAGGCAGGGUUCAUUUUUUAAUGACUGUGCUUCAUUGAUUGACAUUGGUGUUGAAGAAAACAACCUCAUGGAACAUGAGCAUGAACUUCUCACUUUAGUUGAGAAAUUUGGUGGUUCUGAGGGAUUUGCCAAUACUGAUUAUGCGCAGUGCACAGAAAUUAUGUCAACUAGCAUAAGUGAACUCAUACAAGGGCUUAAUCAAGAACAGUGUGGUGACAAUGUCAAGAAUGGACAAGAAAAUGAAGGUGAAGAUGACAUAACUGAACUGGACUUUGCUCAACUUUCAGCACCAUUAGCACCGAGCAUAUCUGAUUUAAUACAAGUAAAUUCCAGUUUCAUUUUGUUAAACCUGACAUCAUGGGAUGAUGGCGAUUGUCCUAUUACAUCUAUUGUAAUUGAGUAUAGACAAAAGAAUGAUAAUUCCUGGACACUUGUUUCAAAUAACAUCAAGAAAGAGCAGAGUGAAUUUCUCAUUUUAGAUCUAAAUCCAGGCACUUGGUAUACCUUACGUGUUACUGCUCAUAACAGUGCUGGUUCAACCGUGGAGCAUUACAAUUUUGUUACUCUCACACAUUUUGGAGCUACAGUUGCUCCAGAAUUAAGAACACCUCCUGGAUCUGGAAGAAAACCAUUUUAUAAUGAUGCAGGAACAGUAGCAGCUAUUAUCAUUGGUCUAACACUUGCUGUUAUUGCAGCUGCUGUUUUGUUUUUCUGUUUGAGAAGACACAAUAUGAUAUCAUGUAACAAGUACAGAGAGAAACCUCAAGAUACAGGACAGUUAGCCAUUGCAGACAAAAGAGUGGCACAGAAUACAUAUGUUAACAGCGAUAGUGGUAAAGACUCCUCAAACAUCCCAGAACCAACAUAUCUGCCAAAUCCCAUGUGCAUGACUCUUGGUCACCGGCAAAACAUAAGUCCAUAUGCAACUUUCCAAGUGCCAGUUUCUGGUGGCCCUAACUGCUCUGAUGGUGAAGUGGAAUCAGAGACACAGGACAUCAGUCACAAACAACACAUAAGCAAGUGUGGUAGCAGCACUGAGUCAACAUACUCCAGAAUUCAUAAAGGAUUUCAGCAUGGAAAUGAAACUCCUGAAUGGAUUCCUUUGCAUAAUUUGUAUCAAGCACACAGAUACUAACAUCCAUCCUUCACAGUUUGCAAUAUGACUAAGUCAUUGAAGAAUGCAGUAAAGGAAGCAAGUCAACUACUAAGUGCCUUCUAACUGAAGAAAUAAAACACUAUUUAUAAAGCUUU